AAGACAAUCUGACCAGUAUCAGGGUCUAGCGGCAUAGGCGUACUUGCAGACGGAGGCUCCUGUGAAGGGCGAUCUUCAUCUACAGUCGGUGCACGUUAUCUUUUCCCAGGAUGAUAUGUGGUAGACACACCAAUGGGAGAGAAGCAAGAUGUGUUUCAGUUGAACGUGUGCCAACGACAGUGAGUCACAGCGUCCUCGUCAGACAGGCAGGAUGUCUCACUAGGAAAACGGGCUCGCCCCACCCACUCUGCUUACCACGUUUUGCCAGACCUCAGCACUCCGUCAACUACUUUCUAGACAUGUCACCGUGAUCCUUGUGGGUUUACAAGGAAAUUGGAUGGCUCUUCUUGUCUGGCUUGAGAUCAAGAAUUUCUGGUUUACUGAGAGCAACUGGUUUUUUCCCAACAUGUUUAAUCUAGAUGCUACUCAGAGAAAUCCUCCCAGUCAUCAGACACUAGAGCCUGGACUCUGGAGCCAAGUGUGAUGCCAUAAAGGUUCUGGUAUUACUUUGCAAUGCGUGUCAGAAAGUUUCCCUUCAAGUUCCCUCUCAUCUUAAGGCCGAAAAACCUAUAGGCAAAGCAUCACUAGGACUGGCCUAUAACUCUGGCCAGCAUCAGGAAGGAGGGUCUUACCACAUGUCCUUAGUUUGAAAAAGUAUCAGUAUUAAAGCCUCAGGCUCCAAGUCAGUUCCUACCACGUGCAUGUUACUGUCACACUGUCUUGAAGUUGAACCAUUCUAAGUGAAUCUGGAGGAGUGUCUCAAAUCACCCAGCCUGAUCCUGUCCAGUGACCCAGCCUUCAGAAUUCUAGAAGACGGCACAAUUUAUGCAACACACGACCUGCUUUUGUCUUCUGAAAAGAGGGGUUUCUCCAUCUUGCUCUCAGACAGUCAAGGGCAGGAACAAAAGAAGCUAGAAAUUGUACUGUCAGCAAGAGAAAAAAAGGCUUUUAGGAAGAGGCAUACCAAGGAACCAGUGCACAAGCGCAGUAAGAGAAGAUGGGCUCCCAUUCCGUGUUCACUGAUGGAGAACUCACUGGGUCCAUUUCCACAGCACGUUCAGAGGAUCCAAUCUGAUUUUAGCCAGAAUUAUUCCAUCUUUUACUCUAUCAGCGGACCAGGUGUGGACAAAGAGCCUUUCAAUUUGUUCUACAUCGAGAAAGACACUGGGGACAUCUAUUGUACCCGAAGCAUUGACCGUGAAGAGUAUGACCAAUUUAUGGUGUAUGGAUAUGCAACCACUGCUGAUGGCUAUGCCCCAGAGUACCCUCUGCCUCUGCUCUUCAAGGUAGAAGAUGACAAUGACAAUGCCCCAUAUUUUGAAACCAAACUGACAGUUUUUAGUGUGCCUGAAAAUUGUCGAUACGGAACUUCAGUGGGACAAGUGACUGCCAUAGACAAGGAUGAGCCAGGAACCCUACACACUCGUCUGAAGUACAAAAUCUUGCAACAAAUCCCAGAUCACCCCAAGCACUUCACCGUCCACCCAGACACGGGUGUGAUCACUACCACCACACCUUUACUGGACAGGGAGAAAUGUGAUACUUACAAACUAGUGAUGGAGGUACGAGACAUGGGGGGCCAGCCCUUCGGUCUCUUCACCACCGGAACGAUCACCAUCUCACUGGAGGAUGAGAAUGACAAUUCACCGUGUUUCACCCAAAGUUCUUAUUUUGCAGAAGUAGACGAAAACAGAAUUGAUGUUGAGAUUCUAAGGAUGAUGGUGCAAGACCAAGAUUUGCCCAACACCCCCCACUCGAAGGCGGUAUACAAAAUCCUACAGGGGAACGAGAAUGGGAACUUCAAAAUCACAACAGAUCCAAACACAAAUGAAGGAGUCUUGUGUGUUGUCAAGCCAUUGAACUAUGAAGUCAGCCGCCAAGUCACUCUGCAAAUCAGCGUGCUUAACGAAGCCCAGUUCACUAAUGCCGCCAACACACAACCCCCAACAAUGUGCACCGCAACCGUCACUGUGAAAAUUAAAGACAGAGAUGAGGGUCCUGAGUGCUUGCCACCAGUCAAAGUCAUUCAGAGCAAAGAUGGGCUCCCAGCUGGCCAACAGCUCCUGGGCUACAAAGCGAUGGACCCAGAAACAAGCAGUGGCGAAGGCUUAAGGUAUAAAAUGGUAGGAGACGAAGAUAACUGGUUUGAGAUUAACGAAAGCACAGGAGACUUGAGAACCGUGAAAGUUCUAGACCGAGAGUCGAAGUUCGUGAAGAACAACCAGUACAAUAUUUCCGUGGUGGCGAUGGAUUCAGUUGGCCGAUCUUGCACAGGAACACUGGUAGUCCUUCUGGAAGAUUUUAAUGACCACCCACCACAGAUUGACAAGGACAUAACCAUUUGUCAGCAGGAAAAGGAUUAUGCCGUUUUGGAACCCGUAGAUCUAGAUGGGCCAGAUAAUGGUCCACCUUUCCAGUUCCUUCUGGAUAAUUCUUCCAGCAAACUUUGGACUCUAGAGUCACAGGAUGGUAAACGUGCCAUUCUUCGGCAACGACACAAUCUUAAUUAUAACUACUAUUCUGUGCCAAUCCAAAUACAAGACAGACAUGGUUUUUCUGCAAAACAUGUAUUAUCAGUGCGAGUGUGUGACUGUACAAUUCCAUCAGAAUGUAGAAUGGCCAUUGAGGAGAGGGAUGUUAAACCAAAUGUAAUCCUUGGGAAAUGGGCCAUUCUCGCCAUGGUCCUGGGAUCUGCAUUGCUACUGUGCAUUUUAUUUACAUGCUUCUGUGUGACUACUACUAAGAGAACAGUCAAGAAAUGCUUCCCAGAUGAUGUAGCCCAGCAAAAUUUAAUUGUAUCAAACACCGAAGGACCAGGAGAAGAAGUGACGGAGGCAAAUAUUAGACUCCCCACACAGACAGUCAACAUCUGUGAUACAAGCACAUCUGUUGGGACUCUUGGUGGCCAAGGAAUCAAAACACAGCAAAAUUUUGAGAUGGUCAAAGGAGGCUACACCUUGGAGUCCAACAAAGGAGGUGGCCACCAUACCUUGGAGUCCAGCAAAGGAGGUGUGCUAGGAGCAGCAGACACUGGCCGAUAUGCUUACACUGACUGGCAAACUUUCACUCAACCUCGGCUCGGCGAAAAGGUGUAUUUGUGUGGACAAGCUGAGGAACACAAGCAUUGUGAUGACUACGUUCGCUCAUAUAACUAUGAAGGCAAAGGCUCCAUGGCUGGUUCUGUGGGUUGCUGCAGUGAUCGGCAGGAGGAAGAAGGGCUAGAGUUUUUAGAUCACUUGGAACCGAAAUUUAGGACAUUAGCAAAGACAUGUGUGAAGAAAUAAAGGUGCUAGUUAGUAGAGAAACAUCUGCAAAUGAACACAGGGGUGUCACUGGAUGUAAGAGGAUAACAGCUUGUAGUAGCGACUUUGGGUAUUAAAAGAAAGUAAAGUCAUUUGUAGAUAAGGGUGCUUUACCAACCAUAGCUCCCCAAAUUCUCCUUGUCCCCAGAACUUGCCUGUUGUCUAGACAGGAUGUUGUCACUGUUGCUUUUCUUUCUGUGCGUGUCUAUGGCCUCUUCAGGACUGAACUGCGUGUGCCACUGAAAUUCUGGUGAUGUCUGAAACUUAAGCUCUUUUGCACACUGUGCAAGGCUCCAUGGUAGAGUUGGGUAUUGUGGAAGCUUAAAAUAUGAGUUUGCAUUGUGUAUAUAAAAAGUAAAUAUUUUUCAAGGUCAUGGGAAUUCUGCUUCUAAAGUAUUUCCUUUAGUGCCAAGAUAUUGUUUUUCCCUUUUCCAGAGUAGCUUCAGAUAAACUUUUAAGUGUUUUAGGUAUAGCCUUUUGUGUGCCUAACAAGCUCUACUCUCACUGUACAUUUCCCUCAUUAGAAGAGUGCUAUCUUCAUUCAGAGCCUUCAAAGCUUACGACUCGAUCUCUGCCCACAUGGCUAUGUUAUCAUUGGGAUCAUGGAGCUUCUGUCUGAAUAACAUGGGUCAGAGCAUCAUGCUCACUGGACCUAAAACUGUAGAGAUUUGUCAAGAAUUCCAUGAAAAUGAAAACACUGGAAUCCUGAUUUCUAUAAACUAGCUUAGGCUCACGGAAUAUAUAUAUAUAUAUAUAUAUAUAUAUAUAUAUAUAUAUAUAUAUAUAUAUAUCACUGAUCAUACUUAAUGUGGUACUACCUUACCACAUUUAUAUGUACUAAAAUAUGAAAAAUUAUAUAAAUACUUUGGAAGGACUGCUAGCUCUUUAACUUGACACUGAUCUACUAUUUCAUUGGCUUUUAACUGGUCUCUGUCUUUAAACUUCACUCCAACUAGCCAUAGAAGCAUCUAGCUGAAACCGAUACAAGGCUUAGUCCUUACCGUAUGUUAAUACUGAGUUAAUGUCCACAUUGGGACACAAUACUCAGUAUACUUUGGUAAUUACUCAGAGGAAAAAAAGUUGGAAGGCUAGAAAUAAUGUUAAGUGGACAUGCAUUAAAGAUCAUUAGUUCAUUACAGGAACAUCUACCAAAUUUUAUUGAAACAAUAGCUAUUUUAACAUGCAUGAAUAAAUGAGGUGUAACACUUUAAUAAGAUUGUUUUAUUGAUCUAUAAAGAAAAAAAAUAUAUCUAAAUUAUAUUUUAUUAGUCCUUUGUGGGAAAGUACAGAUAUGUGUCAAGUUACACUUCAUGAAAACUACAUUUAAACUAAACUUUCCUUCUUAACCCAUUACUUUCUAUCUAUUGGCAAAAUAGUUUGCUGUUUCACUUUAGGUCUUAUUGGUCUUCAUUAGGAAAGGUGAUUUUUAUUGUGAAAUUGGAUAUUGGAAUAAAAUGAAAUAUAGCAUUAGUAAGGCAGAUAUGAUCUGUAAAUUCCCCAUAAUGUGUGACUUUUACAGUCACUGUAAGAUGAUUUGGGAGGGGGUUGGGGAUUUAGCUCAGUGGUAGAGCACUUGCCUAGCAAGCACAAGGCCCUGGGUUCGGUCCCCAGCUCCGAAAAAAAAAGAAAAAAAAAGAUGAUUUGGGAGUGAUGCAAUUUUUACUUUUUGAGGUAAAUGUCAUCUGACAAUGUGAAUUUUGACAUUUUAGGCUCUUAUAUAGUACCAAUUUGGAAAUGCGUCAAAGGUCAUAGUAAGUUAUAUUAUUCAAUGUAGUUAUAGAAUAUUCUAUGAGCAGUUGCAAAUUAUUCCCUUAACAAUCACUUACAGUUGUUUGUGUCAUCUUGCUCUUAGACUUACUGAAUUAUACGUGAGAAAACUUUUUUCUAAAUUAAACCAUACAAUUUAUAUCCACAGGUGGAUUUCUUACGCAUCAAGAGAAGGCUCUCUAAAGCAUUAGAUGUUAUUAGAAAGUUCGGAGAAUUUAUCUGUAUCAAGCAGUUUUAGAUAUUUAAUUUUUUUCAAUAUAUUAUUAAAACUUUUCUCAGAGGAAUUAUAUUUAUUUUUGGAUUUAUUUAGGCAACUCCAAGUAAUUCUCAUUUUUCAUCAAAAAUUAAAUAUUAACUGUAUGAUGAACUAAAUAUAUGAAACCCUACCAGACUGCACCAUUUAGUUUGCUAAUAAAGUACUGUAUUUCAUAUAAAUUUGACUUUUAAGUAAUUGUUGAUUUAAUAAAUUGAUAGCUAUGAAAUGUUUUCUGUAUUUCAACAUAUAUGGGGGAACAUGCCCAGCUUUUAUCUUUUUGAUGUUGGCUUCAAAUAUUUCAUGAGAGAGACAAAAUACCCAUGGGAAGAAAGAUCAGGAGAGAUGAAAUGAUACAGUUUCUUUAGUGAGCACGCUUCCUCAAAUGCUCCCUAACAUACUAAAUGUUAAUUCUCAAUGUUUAAAAAUACUGUAUAGAACUUGAAACCCAUGUGUACAUUUACUUUGUAGAAAUGUCAUUUGGAAAAUAUUUAAAUGAGUGCUUUAGAUCUGGGAAGUUUUUCAUUCCCUUUUUGUAGUAUGUAGGUCAUAGAAGUGGUGUAUGAUUGAAAUCUGAAAUGGAACGAUAGCCAUGGAAUAUUAUGGCAUUGACCCAUUUAUUAUCUGCUUCUCUUAUAAAUCUAAGGGAACACAGUAAUCACUAGACACCACCUUUGUUUUUCCUCUUGGGGGUAAUGGAAAAAGUACAGAAGGAGAAAGCUUUCUAUGAAUACAUAGAUUCACAGUGUGUAAAGCCCAAUAAAAUAAGUGAAAAUACAAUAAAGAUUUUCUGGAAUAGAUGCUAUCUGCAUAAAGAUAAAAACCAUGCUGUAUUACCUCAGAUCCUUUUAAUGAACAACAAUAGCCAUUUUAAGGUGUGUUUAUUUUUGUGUGUGUGUAUUUGUGUGUGUGUGUGUGUGUGUGUGUGUGUAUUUGUGUGUGUGUGUGUAUGUGUGUGUGCAUGUAUCAGCAUGAAAGCCCCCUGACCUGGCCCUCAGAUUUCUGGUGUAUUCAUAAUGAAUGUUACAUGAAGAUAAAAUGUUUAAAAUUUGUAUUACUUGUUAUUAAUAAAUAGGAAUAAGGUAUCUUUUGAUAAA